UGUCUUGCAUAGAAACAGAACUGUAUGAAUAGUAAACGCCUCUGUCAGAUGAGUGUGUUCUGUGUCUCUGAUCAUUCUAAGGGCUAAUGAGGUCAGUUAGCCAGAGGCCUAGAAUGAGGCAGAUCCCAUGACCAUUAGAUCACAGUUUGUUUGUCAGUGUUUGUUCUGUCUUAAAUUCGAGGUAUUUAAGGAGAAGGCAUUUUCCAUCACAGAGGACGGUUCAAAAAGACAGCAACAGUGUCAGAGAAGACAUUAUAUAUUUGAAGGGACUUACUUAACAGUACUGGUGUAGCUAAGUAAUUAAAUCCUUCAUAUACUUAACUAUAUACCGAUGCUCAGUGAUAAAACAGUAUAGAGCCAGUUGUUUUGCUUUUCAGCUUGAACAGUAACGGUUUCUGCUUGGAGUUUAUCCACUGUUUAUUUAUUCCAAUUAUAUAUUCACCGGCAUCCUCUCUGAGUCCAACUCCGACUGAGUCUUGGAGUGUGUGUGUGCGGGUGUUGGCCGUCCAGCCAGCUUCAGGAGGACAUGAAUAAGCUUCGUAGUGAGCUGAGUGAGAAGGAACGGGAGUUACUGAAGAUACGCAGGGUGAGCGGAGGCAAAGCCUCACAGCUGGCUCAGAUGGAGAAGAUGCUCAAGGAGACCAAAAGCAUGAUGGACAAAAAGACUGAGACUGGCGCAGAAAGAAACCCUUUUGAGGACAACAUGGUGUCUGAGCUGGAGGAGAAGGUGCAGCGCAGUAAGCGAGAGCGGCGUAACUCUCUGCACCGAACACAGCUGUUAGAAAGUCAAAUGAAGACAGUGCGUGGUGAGCUGGUGGACACGCUGGACCACCUGCAGGCGCUCAGAGACGUCCUGCGACGCUCACAACAGAAAGCAGAAGAGCGCCAAGCUGCCAUGGAGAAACUGAAUGCCGAGCUCAGGAUGGGAUGGGUGUUUUGCCUCAUUCCUGGUGUACCAGGGAUCUGGAUCAACAGCAACAUGACCAGAAUAAAUUUGAUACUGAAGAUGAAUUAAUAAAUUAAUUUAUAUUUCACUGGGGUUUAAAACAUGUAU